ACGGGAGGAAGGGGAGGGGCCCGGCGGGGUGGCCCGGGCGCGGCUGCCGGUGCGUGCGCGCGCCGGCCGCGGGAGCAGCCGGUUGCGUAAGGCCGGGCCCUGCUGUCGUCACCCGCCUCAGGAUGGUCCCCACCGCCUCCACCGCGGCGGCCCUGCCGGAGCCAAGGCGGGCACUUCCGGGGGCCCUCGGGUGUCCGUUGGGUCCGUCAGUCAGCGCGCACUCUCCCGAGCGCGUCGUGGCAGGCAAGAAGAGCACAUUUCAAACCUUUGGGAAAGAAGUGUGCUUCAUAGAUCAGUCGAUGUGUCCUGUCCCCAGUACUGUUCAUCAAGAGCCCAUCUGCUGUGAGUGCCAGGCCAAAUGCAGGGGCUACCUGCCGGUGCCCAGGUUUGAGGCGGCGUUGCCUUACUGGGUCCCGUUGUCCCUGAGACCCCGAAAGCAGAUCCAAAAGAUGGUCCAGUUUUAUAUCCCUAAAACCUCCGAGGCAUGCCCCUGCCCAUGCCACCGCUUUGGGGGCCGCCUCCCGAUGCCUAGGGAUCAGGCAGUGAUGCCCUACUGGGUGCCUCAGGUCCUGAGGCCUCACAAGAAGGUGGUGAAAAGGCAACAGAGUUUUACAGGCAUCCAAGAACCUGCCCUGGGCUUGCGUUCCUGGUACAACCGUUGGCGGAUCUGCUGUGAUGGGCACCUUCUCCUCAAGUGGCAGCAGCUCCAGGCCCUUCACCAGCAUGAACCACUGGCCCCAGGGAAGGGAGCAAGCAUCCCGGCCUCCCUCCUGCCCCGCAGCCUCCUGACCCUCCUGCAGGCUGUCCUGAGGGUCGUGGUGGCCAUUCGACAGUUGUUCUGGGUUUGAAGUUGGAAUCUUCAGCCACUGCCAAGAACAUCAACGAGAACUUCAGUCAUAAUCAAGGUCUUUAAGGAAAGUUGUCAUAUUAGGAGGAGUCUGUGAUAAACAGCCAUUUUCUCAGGUCAUCUAGCUCACACCCGGGGUAGAGUCCAAGUUCUUUCUCAUCAGGCAGUGCUUGGUUGUGCACAGCUGCCCUGGGUGCGGGUGAGACUCCGGUGUAAAUGCGGCCAAUAAAUGUUAUUUGUGAAA